UUUUUUCACUCAAUUUAUUUACUUAACAUUUUACAAAAUGAAAAUUACACGACGAAUCUUUAUACUUUUCCUACUUUUUGUUGUAGCGUUCGCUUCAACAAGUUAUGUUCCAAACGAUCCAUCAACUUGGACUCCGAAUGAAUUGAAAGAAUGGUUAGCAGAGCAUCGAGUAUCCUAUAAGGGAAUUCCUGAUAAACAGGAGUUGUUGAAUCUAGUAAAGACUAAUUGGCAAGAUGUUAAAGAACAAGCAAAUUCUACGACCGAAGCUGUUGAAUCUUUUGUUACAAAAUAUGUUAAUACGAUAAAAGACACCUAUUAUAAUACGGACGAACAAGAAAAAUACGACGAGUUUGUACAACAAGUAGCUGAUCAAAUUGAAUCUAUCCGACAAACUACUGGUCUUACUGAAGAACAAACUCAAUCUACUAUUAGCGAGGUUAUUAAAAGAUUAAAAGGAACAAAAGCCGAAGGCAGUAAGACCCUAACUAAUGCUUUAAAUGACAUUCAAAAAUCCUACACAAUGGCUCAAGCCAAAAGAGAUGUUCUUAUCCAAAAAACUGUAAAUCGUGUACAAGACGACAUUCAAAAAACUGGAGAAAUUUCCCUAGAUACUUUAAAUUGGUUUAAGGAUGAAAUUAACCAAAUGAGUGAAGCAGGAGCCUUUGCCAAGGCACGAACUGAAACACAAAUCUCCUUAAUAUUACAGGGAGUUCAAGAAACAUUAACAAAACGUAAAGCGUAUACAGUUGAACAAAUUAAUGCCACCUAUGAAAAAUUAAAUUCGAUUACCCUUAAGGGUACUUUGGAAAGAUUACGUCAUCAACUAUCUACCGUUAAUAACCAGAUUCAAAAUUCUGUUGAUGCUAUUGGACAAAAACUCACAGACGGCAAAGACUUGACUGUUGAACAACUUAAUCAAAUUAGAUCGUCUAUCAACCAUUAUUUCACUUCGGUAAAAGAUUAUUACAAUACUGCUACCGGGCAAGUAAAACAAACAGUUUAUGAUACAAAAAGGGCUCAAGAAGAACGUAUUAACAAAAUUAUUGAAGUCGUUCGCUCUUCUAUUAAUGAUGCCAGAACAAAGAGCAAUCAAAAAGUUACUGCCAUUUUACAACAAAUAGAGGAUAAUGUAUCAUCCACUCAACAACUAACUGCAGAACAGACAAAGAUUUUAUCAGAAACCAUCCAGGAGAAGCUUGGAGGUUUGACGGAUGCCCGUGACCUUAACGAGGAAAAAGUUGAAUCCUUUACUGACGCAUUAAGAACUCGAAUGGCUGCCGUCCGUGAUUAUGCAGCUGAUACUUAUGACUCUGCUACUCAAAAGGUUGAAGAAGGAUAUAAUGUUGCUUAUAAUAAGGUUUCUAGCGGUGCUGAGAGUGUUGGUGAGAGUUAUGAACAGAUGAAGGAACAUUUGACUCAUCAGAAAGAAGAAUUAUAAAUAAUAUUAUAAUAGUUAACAUAAAUUCAUUUAUUUGAGGACAUUUAAAAAAAAUUUCAAUUAUUUAAAAAUUUUAAAUAUGUUUACAUAUAUUUUUCAUUUUUUUAUUAAAUUAAAAAUAAAGAUUUUUAUGUAAAUUUCGAUUAUAAAAAUCUUAUUGUGACGCAGU